AUGGUGCCCGUUGUCCCUAUCAAGCUGUAUUCGGAUCGAGCGGAGAAGUUUAAGCGCCCAAACCAACUAGCGAUGGAAGCGACUAAGAUGCAGAAAACGCCCAACGCCGUGAUGAGCAUCCUGGAGGACUACUGCAUCAACAGUUCUAUCCAUGGGUUCAAGUACUUCGUGGGAUCGAAACGGACGAUCGCGGAAAAGAUUUGGUGGAUUUCGAUGUGUAUCCUGUCGAUUUAUGGUUGUGGUAGUCUGAUCAAGACUGUGUUCGAUAAGUGGCGGCGUGAUCCGGUCGUGGUGACAUUCGCCGAGAAACCCACCCCAAUCUACGACAUCCCUUUUCCGGCAGUCACCAUCUGUCCCGUGACAAAAGCAAAAUCCAGCCAGUUGAACUUUACCGCCGUGUAUCAGCGUGCGAUUCAUGAAGGCCUCAAGGACACGGACAUCACAGACGAGGAAUUCGAUCGGUUCGUGGCGAUGCUGCAGGUGUGUGAUUUCGGGUUCAGCGAGUACUUUACCAAUCAAAGCUACGAUGACAACGUGGUAGAGAUGUUGCGAGACCUAGCCAUCCCGUUUGAAGAGCAGUUCUUGAUGUGCACGUGGCGAGGUCAUUAUGUAAACUGUAGCGACCUGUUUUCGCCGACUCUGACGGAGAGCGGAGUUUGCUACACCUUUAACGGGCUGUCUUCGAACGACUUGAUGAAGCAGGAAGAGUUUCACCGGAACUACGAGCAUGUGGGUGAGCAACGGUCAUCCGAGAACUGGACCAUGGAGGAGGGAUAUCGACCCAACGUCGGGAUGGACACGUAUCCGCGACGACUCGUCAGUGCUGGAGGACACUCUGGUCUUCUGGUGCUUCUGAAGUCCGAUCAACACGACAUGGACUACCUUUGUGGGAUUUCUGCUCAAGGCAUUCGCGUGCCCAUGAAUCAAUCGCUUACCGUGCGAAUCGAGCCAUUCCUAAUCACCACGUCGGCAAACGUGCAGGAGUACAACCCAUCUAAACGGUUGUGCUACUACACACACGAGCGCCAUCUGCGGUACUUCCGCAUCUACACCAAACGGAACUGCGAGCUAGAAUGUCUGACCAACUUCACCCUGCACAUGUGCGGUUGUGUGCUGUUUGCAAUGCCCCACACGGCCGAUGUGCGCAUCUGUGGCAUUGGCAUGCAGGACUGCUGUGAUGAAGCUGAGACGAUACUGCAGGAAGAAGGUCUCGGUGAACCGACUUUGAGCGUGUCCCGUGAACUGUUGCGUGAGUGCAACUGCCUGCCAGCCUGCACGUAUCUGCAGUACAACGCCGAGAUCUCGCAGGCGUCCUUCGAGUGGCGGCGACUUAUCAGCACGGUACACCUCUUGGAACGGGAGUUGGAACACUCCGAUCUCACGACGCUCUCGGUCUACUACAGGGAGGCACAGUUCAUCUCGAUCAAACGGAGCCAGCUGUUCGGGCUGAAUGACUUCAUCGCGAAUUGUGGCGGCAUUUUGGGGCUGUUUAUGGGCGUUAGUUUGCUGAGCAUCGUCGAAAUACUGUACUACUUCACGAUUAAGCCACUGGUCGAACACUUCCUGCGAUGGCGCCGUCGUCGAAACGCAUCCAAAACCACGCUAGUAGUACCGUACGCGGCUGGUGUUGGAUACACGAGCGCAUUCGACAAGUUUUUGCGAGACGUCGCUUGA